CAUAUUGAAUUGUAAUUUAUAGUUCUAAGUUAUUUAUUGACGGGCAAAGGAAAUAUGGCAUUAAGCCUAUUGUUUAUUUUAUUUUUAUUUACUGAUUUUCGACAAGUUAUUUGUAAGUUCAAUAAGACUAGGAUAGUUAAUACGCAACAGGGACAAAUUGAAGGCUAUUUAGUUGCUAGCAAAAUAUAUUAUGAAUUCUGUGGAAUCAGAUAUGCCAUUACAAAAAAUAGAUAUACGGCUCCAGUAGAACCACCGAUGCACAAAGGAGUAUUUCGAGCAGAAGACCGCUUAGUUUUCUGCCCACAAUUUCAGGCACAAGAUAUUUUUGCGAAACCUAGUGAUAAUGAAGACUGUCUCAUCCUAAACGUGUACGUUCCUUCUUGGACCAACAUCACGUCAUUACCAGUGAUAGUAUUCCUCCAUGGGGGAGAUUUUGGGGUCGGAAGCAGCUCCCCUACUCUCUACGGACCCAAAUUUCUUAUGACCAAAGAGAAUAUUUUAGUUACUGUUAACUAUAGACUCAAUGCUUUUGGAUUUUUAAACUUAGGCACUAAAGAAGCGCCUGGAAACGCCGGCUUAAAGGAUAUAAGAGCAGCUUUAAGAUGGAUUAAGAAGAAUAUAAGAAAUUUCGGAGGGGAUGAUAAAACGGUUACGGUACUUGGGCAAGGGAGUGGUGGGAUCGCGGCCAUAUAUUUGACUUUAUCGAGAUCCUGCAAGGGAUUGUUCCAUAGAAUAAUUUCUAUGAGUGGUACUCUUUUUAGUGCGACAUCAUUCGACCCAUUCCCCUUAGCUACAGCUUCGCAAGUAGCUAAAGCACUAGGCCUGAACUCUAUGGACCCUGAAGAGCUUACAUCUUUAUAUUUGAAAGUCCCAAUUAAUAAGUUAGAAGAAGCGAUAAGUCACCAAAUGAAUGCCAAGUCCACAUUUCUGCCGUCAGUUGAGAAGUAUUUAGACGAUGAUCCGUUCUUGACGGACACUCCUUUUAAUGUAAUGUACUCUGAUGACUUCAAUCCCGUCCCUGCUAUAUUCGGAUUAAACACUGUAGAGGGGAUUAUAACGAUCCUAGAUUACUAUACUUUUACAAGCAAAACUGACAGAAUACUGAAUGGUGAUUACUCAGUAUUAGAUCAAAGAAAUUUUAAAGUACCUUCUUCAAUAAUUGGAGACUUACGGAAGGAACUCAUGAAGUUAUAUUUCUCUGGUGCAAAUAACGAGCAGACUGCGACGGGCAGUUUUAUUCAAUAUAACACAGACUUCCAAUAUGUUGGACCAAUGGCAUUCUUUACUGAAGCUUACACAAACAAUUCUAAAGUUGAUGUUUUCCAAUAUAUUUUCAACUAUAAAGGUAAAAGGAAUUUAGGAACAUUGUUGACUGGCACGACUGGUUUACCAUCGACUACGAACAUGGACGACUUGUUCUACAUAUUUGAUCUGGAGAAACCAGCAUUAUAUACGAAUACAGACGAUGCCUUGAUGGUGAGUUUUAUGAUCGAACUGUGUAACCUAUUUGCAAAACAUGGGCAUCCGACGCCAGACGACAAGUUAGACGGAUGGUUACCUUACCCCAAAAUCAUGGAAUUUGACCCACCAAACUUUCAUUAUGUGAAACCACUAAACAAAGAUGGUGCUGAAUAUUGGCGAGAUUGUUAUGACAAUUUUGGAAUUGGAAUUAAUUAGUGAUUUAGUGAUUGUGCUGCUGUUUUAAUCAUACUUCUGUGCUAUGGACCAAAGCCAAAACCUUAUAACUCAUUCAUUAGAUCAGUAUGUUCAUUUUUGAGACGGGGAAGUCAUUCAGUGACUUCUCCCGUUCUAAGCUGCCUGUCCAUUGACGAGGAGAGAGGCAGCGGAGCGGAGCUAGCGAGUAUUGCGGAGUGGAGUGACGGACUGUGGCUGUCCAUGACGCAGAGCGAGGCAGCGGUGCUGAACUAGCGAGUAUUGCUGAACGGAGUAACGAACUGUGCGGAACUAGGCGGAGUUUAUGCAACAAGUCAUUUGAGUGGAGUGUGGCUUCCCGAGACCGCUUCCCCGCCGCCGGCUGACUCAACUGCCCCGCUCCGCAGUCUCGCACCGCUACCACGCGCCGCUUCAGAAAAUGUAUGAAUUUUUAAACUAGCUCGCAAAUCUCUUUCCAUUAAAGCGGAGCGGAGAUUUCAUGCAAUUCUAUCGGUUAAUAUUUCUUCGUUUCUUCGCUCCGCUGCCUCUCUCCGCGUCAAUGGACAGGCACCCUUUUUUUUUUUAAGGGGUUCAAAUCAUCGACUGAC